UAAUAAGACAUGCGAUGCCAUGUCCGUGGAAAAGACCCAUUCCGCCUUUCAGUCACACCGAUCAAGUUUGUGUGUGUGGUUACAAUACACUCUCAUUUCUCUAAAGUCAUUAUUACUCAACGAAGUUUGGGCAAACUAGUCGUUAUGUAAAAAAUUACGUUGGGAAGUGGUCAACUUUUUCAUUACCUUAAUAAAGUGAACAAGUAAACAAGGGCAUAACAUCAGGACAACUCAUUUUUCAAAAUGAUGCUUAUGGACUUUUGCCACCCUAGUGUGAAGACUCUAAUCAAAUCAGACAAGGUUUCCUUUGAUGGUUAUGAAGUCACAAAUCUGCUUUCUGAAGAUCCUUCAAAACGAUCAAGAGGCUUCAUAUGUGACCAUUUCAUUAAACCGCCUGUAAACAUAUAUUUUCAGUUUCCUUGCAAUAUAUCUAUUUACAGAAUUAUAAUUAACCCUGUUGUAAGUCAACAAAAGUCCUGCGACAUUAAGUUGUUGAGUGCUACAAAAAUCAUGCGGGAGUCCUGGUUAUAUGGUAAAGACCAGACUUCAGUACAACUUGAGGGCAUCUUUUUUAACUGUAUUGGGUCAGUUAGUAAGGAUGACCCUGAGACCGUGUGUUUUGAAAAUUCUUUUUUUCCACGUAGAGCUACAUUAAAUGGUUGUGAUAGAGAUUUUUCAUGUAAGGCCAAUUUGAAUUCAAAAAGGCAUUGUAGCUUAACUACUGUAAGCCAUAUAAAUAUAUGUAUCUACCGAGCAAAAUUUGGCAAAGCAGUGGCGAUUCAGUCUGUAGAAAUAUGGGGAAUACCAUCUUCAAAAGUUCCCAAACAUGUUCAAGACAAAUUACAAACUGUAUAUAUGAAAGCAGUUGCUGCCAUAAAGCAGAGGCCUGAGUCAUCAGCAACAGAAACUAUUAAUGCACCAAUGGAGAAAAAACAUGACAAUAGUAGUGCUUUACAACAAUCUUUGUUAACAAUUGAACAAAAUGGUGUGCUUAUUCCAGAAGAUUUUCUAGAUCCUUUGACAUUUGAGAUUAUGACAGUUCCUCUUCUUCUCCCAUCAGGGAAGAGCAUUGACCAAUUUACCCUGGACAAAUUUGUGAAUGUUGAAGCCUCUUGGGGUAGGCAGCCUUCAGAUCCUUUCACAGGCCUACCAUUUACUGCCAAAUCAAAGCCGGAAAUCAAUAUAUCCUUGAAGUCUAGAAUAGACCAGUUUGUUUUGAGUCAUUCUGAUAAACUAGAGACACCAAGAACACUUGGACAUAGUGAGUGUAGGACAACAGCUAAACAUCUUUGCUUUGGUGAGUCCCAUUUAAAGUCUAGCAGAUUAACUAAUAACAAUAAUCCAGCAGAAACUUUAAAGAUUGAUAAUAUGAAAAGUUUUAUGAAUGGGAAAAGAGAUCUAGAUGACAAGACUGUGAACCCCGAGACGGUGAAUAAUGCCAAAAAAACCAAAAUGAGUUCCAAUACAUCGACUCUCAGUGACUCAAAAUAUGUACAUACAAUUUCUGACAAAUCCAUUGAGCAAAGUUCAAACACUUGGCGUAUUACCAGCGCAUCCCCUUUUAACCCUGACGUGCAUUCAACAGAUCUCACAAGCAGUCUUGACUCAGCUUUGGAAGCAGCGCUUGGUGGACUUCCAUCAUUCUCAGCGCGAAAGUCAGCCACUUGUUCUGCAAAUGCUCCUACUCAUCAAGGAGAAGAUUCAGGAACUAAGACAUCAUGUUGCGCAAAUUGCAAGCUGUCCAUCUUAGAUUCUACCAUGUUGAAGUAUAGCUUGCCAUGUGGACAUUUAGUAUGUAGACAGUGCUUGACUAAUGAAAGUGCUGAUGUCAAGAAAAGAGGGUUGUUCUUCUGUGCUAUGUGCAAGACACAUUGUAACUCAAGUGAAGUUGUAAGAUUAUUUUGAUAGCAUUAAUUUGUUUUUUGUGGCAACCUGCUGAGUGAUGUCUGUGUGAGUAACAAACCAUUUCCCAGUGUGAAAUUAAAACGCAUCUCGUAAAUAGGAAGUAAAAAAUAUUUUAGUAAACGAAAUGAGCUUGUCAUGCUUUGUAAGUGUCUUCUUAGAUUUGUCUAUCAUGCCUAGUAGAACUGAAAUACUUUAAUAUGAUAAACACAUACAGUACAAAUUGUUAAAAAUGGUAUUAGUAAAAAAAGUAAAUUGUAUUAGUUCUGAUUUUCCCCUAAUAUAAUUGUGUUUCAAUAAGAUUGAUUA